AUGAGUGGGCUUCCAAGUCUGUCUCACUGUACCGUUCCCGGCAAUUUCGACCAGAUCAGGAGAACAAAGACAGACCCUGAGGCCCGACUAUUCUUCCGUCACGUACAGGUCAUGCGCAAAUGGCUUCCUAUGCAAAUGUGGGGCUGGAGGUGUCUCCCGGAGGUGGGCAACACACCCCCAGCAACGGCGCUGUUGACAGCAGCAUUGAUGACUCCCUCGUUAGUGCAUCCACAUUAG